CUCCGUAGCGUGUUAGAGACGGUUACAUUCUUAGAAUAUUAAGCGUUAGAAAGCAACACAAGUGCUUUAUUCAGUGACAUAGUCCAAGCUAUUUCGUGAGUUUAAAUCUUAUCGAUAAAGGUAAACUAUAGUUGUUUGAAUUAACAGAUAACGGAUAAAAUGUGUUUGCUAAAGAAAGUUUAUGUACAAAUAAAAUUGGAUUUAACACGGAAACACAGAAAUUCAAUUACUUUUUUCUUUACUCUAAGUGCUAUGGUCGUUAUCUCGUGUGGUUAGGAAUGAGCGGCGAGUUGUAAAGAGCUUUCCCUUCAACUCCCCCCGAGAUCAUUUAAGGUUCAACUGUCAAUAUAAUUGGACCGCUGAAACCAAGAUGAACGGAAAGCUUACUUUUGAAGAAGGAUUAACGAGUAUAUUAUCCUCUUAAUAGGACAUAUACACAGAAUCGAUUAGUCGAUUAGAUGCCUAAUUUAGAUUACAAGAACGGAUGACAAAUAAACCCCCAGUGUACACUCCUGAGAACUUCAAAAUAUGCUCUUGGACAAGACAAGACUGAUUACCUCACUAUUAGAAGAGACAGAAUCAAGAUCACAUCGGGCGCCUAAAUGAAAUCAAUUACUUUGUAAACGCCAUUACGCGUAUACGGAAAAUCUUCUUCUGUAUUGAGACUUGGCAGACAGGAAAACGCGCUAUACAUUCAAUUAUAAAUGAAAACCUUUCGUCUGAUAAGAUUCCUGUAAAUGACGAAAGGUUGUCACAUUCGCUACGUUGUGCCAUUGAUUUUUUCUGGAUUUAUAGUAAACCGUAUAUAUGGAAGAAAUGUUAAGAUCAAUAACAUAUCAGAAAGGAUUAAUUUGCAUCAAUACAACUGGAACUGUGCAAAAAACAGCAUACAGGAUAUAGAACCAGCAAUAAUCGAAAUGAUAAAUUGUCUGAUUUUAGAAAAAAGUGAUGACCGGUCACUAAGUGCUUGUACGAGAAAAAUAGUGUUAUCCAAUUGAACUAUAGAAUGUGAAAGUUUAUGCCAAAUACCCCAAAUAUGGCGACAUACUACAAUGACACCAUUGACGCCAGUAAUUUUACUGUAGCGUAUCCAACCAUGUUGCCGACGUCACCAGAUAGCCCCAACUACAAUACCUCACCGGCUGACAACUGCGCUGAAAUCCUGAGGGAUUCAUCAGGAGCGCCCCCUAUGUACUCUCACACAGUACGUUAUGUGAUAUCAGCUGUGCUAUUUGCGUUUCCGUGUCUCACUAUGCUAGGAAACGGAAUGGUCAUCGUGGCCGUAUUGACACACAAACGUUUACAGACGGUAACCAACGCCUUCGUUGUCUCACUUGCAAUAGCAGAUAUCAUGGUCGCCAUUCUUGUCAUGCCUUUUGGUAUUUACCAACAAUUCAAUAAUAAGAACUGGCAACUGGGCCGUGUAUGGUGUCUUAUCACGACCAGUUUUGACGUAAUGUUCACUACCACGUCAAUAUUCAACUUAUCGUGUUUAGCCAUUGACCGUUAUCUGGCCAUAUGUCGACCGUUUAUUCACGAACGAUUGACGCGGCCAAAAGUGAUACUAAUGUUAUCAUUCUGUUGGAUUGUGCCUAUUUUCAUUUCGUUCGUGCCUAUCUUGCUUAAAUGGAAUCAUAUCGGAAUAGAGGACUAUGUUAAUUGCGCCUUCCCUCCCGACGAUCCCACACACUGCGCGUUUGUUGUGAAUACGGCGUUUGCGACAAUUUGCUCUUGCAUCGCUUUUUACAUUCCAUGUAUAUUUAUUGUUAUAUGCAACGUUCACAUAUUCAUCGCGGCUCGUAAACAAGCCCUCCAGAUACGUAGCUUAGAACUGUCCGCGCAUAAACAUCACCGCAAGGGCAAAUUGAAGCAUGAAACGAAAGCCGCCAAAACCGUAGGCAUCAUCAUGGGCUGUUUCUUCAUUUGCUGGCUACCGUUCUUCAUGCUUAACAUUAUCGACCCGAUUAUUGGUUACAAAAUCGACUACAUCAUCUGGACUAUCGCGCUUUGGCUUGGGUAUAUAAACUCGAUGUUGAACCCUUUUCUCUACUACAACUUCAAUAGACAUUACAAGAUGGCGUUCAGGCGCCUCCUAGCGUGUAAAGUGUGUCGCGGGAUCAGCGAAUAUGAGGACGAUGUUGUCCCCAGUACCUUGUACACGGAUCUCUCCCAUUCAGCGUCCGCCAACUCUCACUCAUGUCUCCAUAAUGGAGCUCAUUCCAGACACUCCAUACCUCAAGCCCAUUUUAACAACAACGUUGAGUUGUGAGAGUGAACGUUUUGCUUUCUAAAACAAUGUAAUUUCAAUUCAUAGUACAUUGUUUAUCAUGUAUUCAAAAUGAUGCAAGUUCUCUAUAUUUUUAUCGCUAACUAAAUUAAGUAUAUGUUUUCCUACGUGUGUAUGUUUAUGUUUUAUUAAGGAAAAAUUAUCGUUGCCCAAAUACCAAAAAGUGUUACGUAUUUAUAAAUAAGUCGCUAGAGAUAGACGACGGGUGUUUCAUAUAUCAUGUUGUCAGUUUUAGUAAUACCGCAUACUGAUUUAUUAACAUUUUGUUAAAUUUAUAUGACAGGAAAGAAGAAUAAGGGAGAGCAUAGUGGAAAAUGCUCUUAGUGGAGCAUGUGUCUAUGUAUUGUGUUACGGCACCAGCACCAAGUAUGAUAGUUAAGUGCAUAUACACUUAUUGUUGAAGCUUCAUCUCAGUACAAGUAUUGAACCUUACAAUGUGCCUUACACACUCUUAAAACUUAGUCACAUUCCAAGAUAUUCUUGGCUCGGAUCAUUCCCGAAAAGUACGCGAAAUGGCGACCAUGUUUUCGUUAAAGGCGAACAAUAGAUAAUAAUUUCAUUCCACGGUAAUACAGGCAAUGGUAGUUUUAAAUUGUCACUAGAAUGAUGCGUUUUGUGCAUGUAAGGGAUACUUAUGUCGAACACUUUGUUAUUUGUUUUGUUGAAUUCAGAAAAUUUUAUUUUAUUGUAAUAUUUUAGUAAAAUAUACACAUUGCUACUAUGAACUAAGUGUCGUAGAUAAUUAAUGAUUGUUUUUCUGCGCAAGGGACUAUAUCUCAACCAUGACAAAUUUAUUUUACUGAUAUACAAACAAUAACAACUGUUGUCCUUUAUAAUAGUAUCAUUAUGUUAUACCAUAGAUCUUUCUAAUACAGCUGUUAUUGAAAUUAUCACUGAUAAACAGUUCUCCUUAAUGUUUGUUCAUUGUGCAUGAAUAAUUGUAUGAGCGUUGUGCUUGGCAUCCUUACAAUGCAUUAUGUAUGUAGAUCUAGAGACUACAAACCUAGCUCAAAAAGCAAUAGGUAAAAACAGUUCAUUUUUAAUUUUUAAAUUUAAUUAUGUUUUCGUGGGGUGGGGUGGGGGUAUUUUAAAAAAAAAAGAUAGCCAAAAAGUAUCGAUCUACAAACAUUACUUUCUGAAGGUAGUGAAAUUAUUACUUGUUUUAGAAUUUGUUUCCUUUAUAAAAUACGAGUAGUAUCUGAGCUAGAGUUGAAUAACAGCAAUUAUAAUAUAAAAUGUUUAUUCUUAACACGCUUUUUUCGAAUUUCGUAUGUAUACACGUUUUCGACAGACAGAUUUCCAUACUUCUUAUUAUAUCAGAAAUUUGUUUGUUGUGAAAUGUAUGUUACACGUUACGCGAAAGUAAGUUAUUGUUAUACAAUAGUAUAUCCUUUACAUCGAUUUCAUUCAUAUCUAAACCUAACUGAUAUUACACUGAUAUUGCUAUGAUAUAACCAUUUGCACUUUUUCAGUUUUAAAAAAGCAUUUAGAGAUCUCCGCCGUUAGUUCAGGGUAAAUCUUGUUUUCAGAUCAGUGUGUACCAAUGAAACUACACAAACAAAACCGGUAGAUAAUACAUUUGCAUGACCCUGCGUACAGAGGCGCAGGGUACUUUCUUUGAAACCUUUUGUAUGCUGUUAUAAUGUAAUAUCCACUGCAUAAUAACAAUCAUUAUAUUAAACUGUAUUUGUCCAGACUUAUGUAUCAGCUUACAUUUACAAUUCUCAGACAAAUAAAUCCAAUGUUGAUUCAAAGUUUUUGGAAAAUUACUCGAGACUUUAUCUCGACAAAAGUAGAAAAAUAUAAAUAUGAAACAAAAUUAUCUUACUGUAUUUGUCGAUAAAAGUGAGCUAACAAAUGAAUCUUUCAGGUAUGUCUGAUGAGUAUUUAAGAAAACCAAUAACAAUUAUAUGUUAAUGCUGUUAUAAAAAUGUAUGAUUGUGUAUAAUUAUAAGUAAAGUAGUACUGCUGAUGCUUUUCAAUGCAGUUUCGUUAGAAAAACGCUGAGAUGCUAAGCUUAUGUUUUGUAUAGCUGCUCUCAUAUAUUUAAUAUUUAUUCUUAUAGUUGUGGUUGUUAAAAGUAUUGUGUUUGUAUUCAUGAAACUACGUUGAAUAAUAAAGUCAAAAAUAUA